AUGUCUAUUCCUCUUAAACCCUCCACUGCAGAUGAGGGAUUCAUUCUUUCGACGCCGGCUUUGGAGAACCCGGGCACCUCGGAUGCAGUUUUCCUUCGAAUUCUCCAAUGGCAUCUACCCCGUGAUGUGCUGGCAAAGAUCUCCCCAGACUUGCAGCACUUUGGGUCUGAAGCAAUCUCAGACGUGACCAACAGUUUGAUUGGAAAUGCCGAGACUCAGUUGCCACAUAUAAAAACACGCAAUGUGUGGGGAGCCCGGUACGAUACCGAUCGCUUGAUUACUAGUACUGGCUGGAAGGAGCUGGGUAAAUGGGGGAUCAAGAAUGGUGUAGUUGGUCUUGGGUAUGAAGAAGAGUUCGGGCCAUAUCGCCGGGUUGUACAGCAUGCAUUUAACUACAUCUUCUCUGCAUCUUCUGCUGCCUAUUCCUGUCCUGUCUCGAUGACCUCUGGAGCGGCACGUCUAGUUCGACACCAAAUUCAAGACUUGCCUUCGGAUCAUCCAUUUCAUGAGCUUUAUGCACGUCUUAUUGCUCGCGAGAACAACUGGAUCUCUGCGCAAUGGAUGACUGAACGCCCAGGUGGAAGUGAUGUUCGAAACAGUGAGACCAUCGCAGUUCACUCUCCGCUGCAAUCGAAGACUGGCCGAUUUGGCACCAUGGAAGAAGGUGACUACCUUCUAUCCGGAUUCAAGUUCUUUUGCAGCGCGACAGAUUGCAACAUUGUCUUGCUGCUUGCAAAGACCGAGUCAGGCGAGCUGUCCCUAUUUGUGGCACCAACAUCUAUCACAGCCACCGAUGCCAACGGGAAGAAGAAGCAAGUAUCGAACGGAAUCCGCAUCCAUCGACUGAAGCAGAAGAUGGGCACCAGAGAGCUACCAACGGCCGAGGCUGAACUCAAAAACGUCCGCGCCCAUUUGAUUGGCAAGAAAGAUCGCGGUAUUGCGACUAUUGCCUUGUUGCUCAACACCACACGCACCCACAACUUCAUCACAGCUGUUUCGUGCCUUCGUCGUGCCCUGGAUAUUGCCAAAGCAUUUGCCCGUGCUCGCAAGACCAUUGACCAACCACUGUGGACAUUCCCAAUGCACUUGAACGUGCUUGCCCACCUUGAAGUCAAGCAUAGGGGCUGGCUCCAGCUAGCUUUCUUCACCUCGUCUCUUCUCGGUUUUGUGGAUAAUGGGUUCCCAAAGGAGCUACCUGCACAUUACAAUGUGCUCGCCACAUCACCCGCCACAGCAACACUCGUACUUCGAGCUCUUACCUCGAUGUCCAAGGCCGUGAUCUGCAAAUCAUCUACAUUAGCAUUCCAAGAAUGCCAGGAAGCAAUGGGCGGAGUUGGAUACAUGGAUGAGCCCGAAGAACCGGAGUUCAAUGUGAGCCGGUUGUGGCGCGAUACAGCUAGCAACAGUGUCUGGGAGGGAACCACCAAUGUCCUCGCCAGCGAGACUGUGAGACAUCUUACCAACAGCCGUAAUUUGGAAUCAUUCAGCACCUGGAUCAACGAAUCAAUCAGCCACAUCACCGACAAUGCACUACGAACCACUCUACAGGUCGUCUGGGCAGCUCUAGAGAAAAAGCUUGCAGCUGGGCAAGAUAGCCUUGGUUUGGCAGGUGUUCUCGGAAUCGGUCGUCAGAUAAUGUUCACACUUGCUUGGCUCAUCAGUGGUAUGUUGCUCGCAAUGGACGCCCAGCAAGAUAGUAACAGUGUUGCCGGCGAGGUGGCUCGGAGAUGGAUUCUUGAUGGGCAAGGUGUGCCAGGAGAAUUUGCAUUCCCUGAACUCAUAUAUAAGCGCUCCGCAUCCCAGCCUCGUGUGAUGAGUGAUAAGAGCCGGACUAACUGGGAUUGUCGCAUUGUUUGGGGAGUUGAACUUCCGGUGGGUGCUUCGACAGGAUAUCGGGCUAAGAUUUGA